AUGGCAAACGCCGGACAGCAUGUACUGGCCACUGGUAACAGCAAUCUACAGCCUGUGCAACAAGGACUGCCGUACGGCAGAUCGAAGCUGGAGGAGGCCAAGAAAGCAGCCGAAGAACUCUACGGUUUUGUUAAGGAUAAACUGGGAGUUUUUCCGACUAUAGCGAACCGGGAGGCAGUGAAAGGAAAGAGGAAAGGAAAUCUCCAAGGGGCAGAAUCCGGGUCUCUCUCCACGCCGAAGAGGCCAAGACCUUCGCCAGGAGACGCAAGACCAGGAGGCUCCAAGAAACCCAAGGAUACGCCAACCACUAGCACACAGCUGACUACUGAAGAGGUCAUCGAAGAAGAUAGCCACGCUCCGUGGCAAGUCGUGGGGAACAAAGGAAACGAAAAGAGUAACAGAAGUAGACCCAGUAAACGCAUGUUCAUUAAGGGGAGGAAUAAAGGCGAAGCGCUAAUAGCAAACGGUGACUCGUACGAUGAGGUUUUGCGUGCCAUGCGGACAAAGCCGGAACUCAAGGAACUAGAUGUAAAUGUACAGAAAAUUAGCUGCACCCGCAAUGGCGAGAUGAUCCUCGAGCUGAAAAAGGACCCGCAAGUCAAAAUAUCGAACGGCGGAGAACUACUCAAACCGUUUAGUCUCAAUCGUACCUUGGUUGUGUACCGAUCGCUCGAUCCGGAGAUGAUGGCUGCCGUUCGGUUUUCGCUGCUGGGUCUGUUGAUCUUUGCAACAGCAGCACCAUCAAUCCUCGCAGCAGCUGUCCCGUGUGACGAUUCGGCCCCCGCUGGUGGUGUGACGGAGUGGCAAGCCCGCACUCCGGAACAGACAUUGUACGCGUACGUUCGCUGCCUGAACGAUUCCUCGGCUACGCUUGAGAUGAAAACCAGCUGGGUGCGCUGGCAGCCGGAUAAUACUGUCGACAGUCAGUGUUAUAUAAAGUGUGUUAGUGAAGAUCUAGGGUUAGUAGAUAGGAAGGAACGACGAAUUCGACCGGAUCGGUUCAUCAAACAAGCCGAUGCGUACUAUAGUGGUGAUCCUGAUAAACUUCAAGAGUUCAAGCAAGACGCUGAAACCAUGCUAGCUGGGGAGCUGGAUGAAGUCAACUGCCAAUCGGUGUUCAGCAAAUAUGUGGAGUUUUUCCUUCAACAUGCGCCAAUUAUUCUUCGCAUGUUUCACGGGCACUACAGGGAUACGGGAUUAACCUAUGAUCAACUGGCGGAUCAAGUGAAACAGCUCGGUCAAACGUUUCUGGAUUUUUGCGAAAAACGACACGACAGCAAGUUGGAUCCCGGUGACAACUGCCCAUCGGCCACGCUGCUGGAUUGCCUCUUUCGUGGAUUCCGAUGGAUUAGCGAGGAAAAUGAACUGAAUGUCAACGAAGUUCGUCGUGACUACGGUUUGUCUGGUUACGAGCUGGAUGCAGAAUCGUGUGAAUCAUCGGCGGCCGAUGCCCGUGCACUGUACCAGUGUUUGCGAGAUAAGGAUGCUGAGAAGUUAAGCCUGGUGAUAGCGAACCGCAAUCAGCGGUCGGCUUAUUACUUUGAUAUGACAUCCCAGGAAGAACCGUGGAAAUCGGCGGUGGAGCACUCAAAGAGUCUACCUUAACGCGUUGGUCAUUGUUUGCUGCAGUUGAUGUAGGUGAAUGGGUGAAUACAAAAGUAGGAUCUACAUUAUCUACAAUAACAAAUC